AGAAAGGUCAAUAUCUUACGUUUUUAAAUUCUCUUGUAGACCCGCUUUCCGCCCGAUUGAAUUGAAAUUUGACCAAUCAGUGUAAAAUUCACUAAAUUUCACUAAAUCUGAGUUCAGUUAACUUUAUACUGGUUGGCCAAAUUCAUUUCAAUCCCCAAUCCGUAGUUUGACACGAGUUCUAGAGACUUUCUUAGCCGUUAGAGAUUUUCAGGGAAUGUUUUAGGGGAAUAUUUCGAGCAGCUAUCUGAGCAGCACUGUUUUAGACGCAAAGUAUCUCGGGAAGGAACGCGCUGAUGGUGAAAUAAUCUCGUUUUAUCCAGGUUUAUUGGAUAUUCUUUUGGCGAUUUUGCUAAAGAUUGAUAUAAUGUACAAACGAUUGAGUUUAAAUUAACCUUGGUGACCGUGGACGUUGAAAGGUUCGUACUAAAAGCGACCAAAGCUCAACGCGCCCAUAAGAGCCUCCCUGUCCCCGCGCCUUACGUGGCUUACGUGGCUCACGUGCGCUGGGCCAGGCCUACUACGCCAGACCGGUGAGUUCCCACACAAAAUAUCGCUUGGUAGCACGGUGGGCACUCAAAGCCAACUAACCAUGUCUGUACAAAGUGUUGCUCUGGCAUCUCUCACGGCCACCUAUACCGACUCGGAGGGCGAGGACGGGGUGGAAGACGAGCGCCUGCAGGAGGAGAAUUCGAACACUCCCCAGGGGGCCGCCCCGCAUAAUGCCCAAGUCGGUUGUCAGCCCCAGGCCCGAUCCAUCAGUCCCAUAUCUGGCCGUUCAGCCUCGCACAGUCCCGUCGUCGGCAAGUUCGGUAGUAGCGACUUGCCGGACGCGAGCACGAAGGUGCAGCGAUUGGUCUCUUACUUUGACGACGCGGUAGUCUCCGACGACGAGGGGGCGGCCGUUGCACUGCCGGCGCCGUUGUUGACGACGGCGAGCGCGACGGUGGCGGAACGCACCGAGGAGAACGGUCUCUUCCCGGCCGCCGCCGCCGCUGCCGUCGUCGCUGCCACUGCCACCGUCGCCGCCGGCGCUGAACGCCGGUCGCCCACCUCGCGUCCCGGAGAAUUGCUUUCAGAUGGCGUCGAGGCCGGGGACACAUGCGGGGUGACGAUACCACCGGAGCCGGCGGUACCGUGUCCCCCCGAGCUGCAGGAGAAGAUCGCUAUCCUCUGCCGGAAGAUGGAGAGCGGCGGGCUGGACAUGAAUUUGCUAAUCCAGCAGCGCAAGGAUUUCCGGAAUCCCUCGAUUUAUGAAAAACUCAUUCAGUUUUGUAGCAUCAACGAGCUGGGCACCAACUAUCCGCCGGACAGAUUCGACCCGUUCAAGUGGGGCAAGGAUUCGUACUACGAAGAGCUCGCCAAGGUGCAGAAGGCGGAGAUGGACAAGCUCGACAAGGCGCGCAAGGAGAAGACGAAGAUCGAGAUCGUGUCCGGCACGGCGAAGCGGCCGAACAGCUCGUCCGGCGGCGCCGAGGACGACGCCAAGAAGCGGAAGAGCAAAUGGGACCAAGUGGCAACCGGCGGCUCGGCCGCCGCCGCCGCCGUCGCAGCCGCAGCCGCUGCCGCCGCGACGGGUGCAUCGUUUCUUACUGCGGGGAGAGAGAGAGAGGAGGUUCUGCGAAGACCUCUUCGGAAACUUAGAUCCUUGGAUCAAACCGCCGGUUAUCACGCGGACGGUGUUUCUUCUUCCCCUUCUGCAUCUGAAUUUCUACGGAGUCGAGCGAGUUGAAACUCCUUCCUUAAAGGCGAAUUCAAGGAUUUAAGAGUUCGAGCGAAUUUAUUUAUUUGCCAAUUAAAUCUAUUGUAAAAUUAUGUUCACAUCGCUCUCUGAGUUGAAAGGUAUGAAAAGAGCUUUUCAGGCUUUUGUAUUUUUCGUAGUUGGAGCCUACUUCCGGGAUCUCCAAAACCUCUUGACAAGAUUCUUCUCAAACAACGCCAGGUAUAUCAAAUCGAUUUGGAGAUAAAGAUCUGCGCAUACAUCGAGUUCUUUGAUUUCGGAUACUUAGAUCUCUAUUUAAAUCCUUGAAUCGAACUUUCUGAAAUUCCUUCCGAAUCUUCUUAACGAUAGGAACGAUUGAAACGCGCAGAAUUACAAUAAGUCGAGGAAAAGCAUUCGACGCAUCUGUGAGUUUGAGAAUACAAGGAUCUAAGAACGCAGGAACGUAGGUACUCGUAUAUAUUUAAGAACAAAUGAGAUCUAUAACGGUCAUAGAUCAAAAUGCGUAAAUAUAUUGUAAAUAAUAUAAAUUUCACAAAUAUAACUCUUUGUAUGCAAGAGACAUGAAGGAAGAGAAAUCAGCCUCUUGUGAACAUAGGUCCUUGGAUUGCCGAAGCCUUUUAGAGACUUCCUGGUGCGGGGAAAAAAAUCAAUCAGACUUGGAGAGACCGAAAUCGUAAAGUUUUCAACCACGUUUUCUAAAGAUCUAACCGAUGAAUUUGAAAAGGAUCUAAAUGAUUCGAUCAUAUGCAUGAUAUGCGAGUCUAACGAAUUCAAUGAUUCAAGAAUACAUUUGCAAAUCCAAGAACCUAGGUAUUACGAGCCGAGAAAUAUAUCUAUGGUAAAUAGAAUCGACUAGGACUUGGAUAAUUUUAGAACCUUAGGACUAUAUAUAUUAUAUAUAUAUAAGAACCGACAAAUGCACUGAUUUUGCAACCCAUGAAUAAUAGAUGAUAAGUAAGAUGAUUCAUUAAAUUUUGAUAUCGAUGAAUUUAAAUAGUCACUGUUUCGAGAAGCUCCACAAACUUAGGGAUUCGUGGAAUUAGCUCAAGGAAUUAAAAAUUCAUUGAACCGCGCAUACUCAACAUGUAUGUGCAGAGGGACUUGAGAAACACCCUUAAGAAUCGGAAUAAUACACGAGAGUUCGUAUAGGUAAACUCGCAAGUUUAAAUUCCACCAAUUAUAGUAAUGUUCAUACAAGGAAAACAACACCAAGUGUCAUUAUUGUGAAUACAUGAUAUAUAUAUAUAUAUAAAAGUUUAUUUAUUAAAAUUCAGAAGGAAAAGCUAGCACUUUUCUAAGAAGAAUACCUCGAUUGAAAACAAACUAAUAUAUUCCUACAUGAUAAUGUAAUUCUAAUGUGCAUACUUUGGGUCUGUUCUUUGUCACUGAACCGGUGCACAUUUUCGGAACGUGGAAAGAAACGGAUACAUAUCUGUGAUUUCUUGUAAGGAAGAGGGAAAUAGAACUAGUGCAAGCUGGUGCAGGGAUUUCAGCUACAAAAAACAGACCUUUUGUCACAAAUUAACGUAAAAAGAUCGAUUACAAUACGAAGAAACUGCGAAACUGUAGUAGCUUUCAAAAAAAAAGCUGUCCUGUCGAUUUGUAAAUCGGUAAAUUAUGCUUAAAAUUCUUGCUUCAAGGGAUUUUUAAAUUCUUGACAUUUGCAGCGUGACUGGUGUCUAUUUUUUAUCGUAUAUGUAUAUGUUUACAUACAACGUGUACACCGAAUUUAGUUAAACUCUUUGUUAAGAUAAAUAUAUUGAUUGAAGGAAAGGCAUUGAUGUGGAGAAUGGAAUAAUCGUAUUUAUUUUAAGAAAAAAAACGGAGCGAUAAGCAAUUUCGAGUGGAAUUACGUUGGUCGAUUGGAUUUUCCUCUUUCCUUUUUUAUCACGACAAGUUCGUAUCGUCGUUUUUUUCAUACUUAAAUAAUGAAGGAGAUAUGCCUGCAAAGUAUUACGUCAUUUAAUCUUCUGUUCACCGUCGUAAUAGUGUUAAUGGAAUUUUAUAAGAUCUAUUUAUUGGAAAAACAUCUCGUUCGUUUUCCGAGAAAUUUCCAAGGAAAAAUAAGAUAUCCGCGAGGUGACAAAUAUCGUCACAAACAGAAUCGCUCCAAAAGUAAAAAUUGCUAUGUACCGAGUGUUAAUUAAUUACCGAACAUCUGUAAUCGUAUAAUUGCGUAAUUAUACAUGUAAUGUUCUAAAUCGAUUCGUGUUGUAGAGAUUUGUAAUGCGUCGCAACGGAUUUUUUUCUAGCAGGGUCGCAUCCUCGCAGGACAUGCACCGGUAUAAAGCUAGACACGUUAAAUAUCGGGCUGCGUUCAGCGUCGGCGCUGCAUCAGCUCUUUGUGCUGCUUUUCUGAUAGAUUCUUACGAACGAUCUCGACAGAUGGGUGCGCUCUGUAAUGCGCUGCUGCGUAAUCCAGCUUUUUUUUUUAACAAGUUACUUUCAGCGUGCCGGAAAAUAUAUCUUGCUUUGCAAGCGUUGGAAAAAAAGAGAGCACAAACCGCUGAACGCAGCCGUUAACUCCGCGCGUACGCGGGGGGGUAUCUGCGAUUCGUGUGCGUCAACAAUCGAAUCGAUAUGAAACGUGCGCUAAGACAGACCGGAUCGUUCAUUUUUUUACAUGGGAAGACGAAAUUCUCUCUCGGACUUUGUAUAUACACGCUCAUGUGUCAAUGGAGAACGGAAUAUACAUUAUGCAAGUUA